UCACGCUCCUCACGGCUCGCCAGUGGCAUCGCAACGCAAUGCUGUAACUGUUCUCAUUAAAGCACUAUCGCAGUCUUCAUCAUUGUCAACCGCAUCUACGUAACCGAUCGUUCAUACGUGUAUAAGCUGUGGCAAUGCCAGGCGGGGUGUUCCCGGGAUUGACAAUCAUGACUACAAGUAUUUUAUCAUAUUUAGUCCGCUAGCGAAGUUGUGUAUGUAUUAUGUCGAUGUAGCCAUGCAUUAUACAUGUGUACAGUUAUAUUGACAAUUAGCCUCUUGUUUGGUUUAAUGUUAAUAAUAGUCGUGUCUAGUAUUUAUUCUAAAAAGUAUCUGGUAUCAGUUGUUUGAGCGAGUUGGGGUAGUGGAGUGACGUUUGCUAUUUCCUGGGGGAGAGAUCUUUGGACAAAUAUGGAUCUACGGUCAACGUUCCUUCUGACGUUCAUCGGACAAGUGUACCUGGUCAGCAAUACACACGAACAGCGAGGAUAUCGAGGCCGUGAGGAGGUGGGGUCCGGGGACCGAGGGCCAGGGGGGAGGAGAGCACCACGCUGUUGUAACGGAACGCUAGGCUAUGCGUCAGACAAACCAGAAAAAAUGCCCUGUGCCUCCAUGUUGUGUUGUGAUGAGAAAGAGUCGGUAGCUGCCUUCCCCAUCAAUGCCGCUCUCAACUAUGUAUUCCGUUGUACGUCAAACCACCAGGUUACCAAAUGUGCCAACCAAGGGGACGUCGUCUUUACAACAAACAAGACAGCUAUGACGUAUGGUCCUCGGUUCUGUUGUCAAGGGUUUAAAUUUAAAGUAACAGCAAAUUCAAUGGACUCCGCUUUACAGAUCACGUGCAUAAGGUCAUAGACAAGGAAUAACCCUCUCCGUUACACCUCGCCAAACACAUGCGGACAGGGGGACGGAGGUGGAAUAAAACAAGUGGUAAUGUUUGAACCAUAUUUAAAGAAAACUUAAUGACGACAAGCAUGUUUAUGGUAGCAGGUCUAGUUACUCUAACGCUUUAUAUACCAAUCACAAACGACUCCUGAAAAGCAUAGUCUAAUGGCGAUAAAAACUAGUUGAUGCAAACAUAAUGUGUGAUGUAUCAGCCCUCUGUCCUGGUCUGAAACACGUUAAUAAGUCACGCACAAACUAUGGUCGUUCUUUGCGUAAAAUAAAUAGAUAUGCCCGUGCUGUAGACCAAAGGGAGACUACUCGUCUGCUCUUGUCAAUGUUGUUUAUGAACAAUGGGUGAUAACUCGAAUCAGUGGUAUUCUGAGUAUUGGCACCUUGCUCCCGAAAUCGUUAGCAGGAAUAUCAAAAACUUGAGCAAAUACUCGAAGCAGAUAAGACAAAAUAGCAAUUGUAAUUCUGUUAAGGAACAUAUACUAUCUUUCACUUAAUGUGUGACUAUUGUCUGGCACGAAGUUUGCUUACCAACCUUUAAUCACGAGGAAUUAUAUUUAUACAUGCAAGGAAAACUUAUAUUAGAAAUCCAAACCAGGACAAGUUAUCCACGUGGAUGGCAUGUGGAUACAGCCGAUAACGUCGGUAGCUGACAUUGGGCAGUUCAGGAGCUGAAAUCUACUGUCUAACCAGUAGUUCUGACAAGGAAAUUAAAUUGGAUAUUUCACGAAUGGGUAAUAUUUCGUGUAAUAGAAUACCUUCUGAAAUAUUAGCAUUUUAAUCAUAAUCUAAGUUUGAUACAAUAAUCCGUUGAAAAGAAUGAUGUGAACUAAGUUUACCGAGUCGCUUGGUUCAACCGUCCUAGCGCAUUGACAAAACCGAAGUUAUCAUCUUCUUGAAUUAUUCGUCAUGAGCAAUGAAUACUGGGUCAAACAACAUAAACAGCAACUACAUGAUACGGUCGUUUGGUCGCUGGAACCACGACAACAAUACUUCUAUGAAAACAUGGUAUUUGAAAUAUCUCACUGAUAAUACAGCAUCAUAACGAAGUUUGGUCGCGCGCAUAUGAGCGAUUUAGAGUCAGAUUGUUGAUGAACAUGGCGACAAAACAAGUUGAUGACGAUAUAGCCAUACCUCCUUGUUGUUUGUCGUCUCCUAACAAUGUUACCUUGUUUCUACCAAGGACUCUCGUCACUCUCGGAAGGAAAUGCACUAAAUCAUCUGCCAUGAAUCUUGGUUGGACUAAUAUAUAUGUGUAUGUAUACCGUAUGUUUAUCUAAAUAUGACAAGAAGUAAAAGAGGAUAGAAAGAAUGAUCACAAAAGAAAAAACAGGUACAGUGUCAUUACAGUCGCAAGGCUAAAGGAGAACAAUGAACUUGAACUUGAAGAGGAUGCAUUCAUGGAGGGGAAAAUGCCAUUGAAAAGAAUUAUUUACGCUCCUAAGUGAAACCUUUCUGUCGCACUUGAAGAUCUUGUCUUAACUGUUGAAACCUGAACUCAUUGUGUACUCAGAUAUUUGAUUCUUUGACAUAAUGACACAAAUGGUGCAUUCUUAUGUACAUAUCAGCAUGGACAAGCGAUUCACAUGUAUACGACUUUAUGACAAUCUUUAAAGAACUAUGUACGCUCCUUAUUCUCAAGAAACUGUGUGACUGAAUAUGUGUGGUGCAUCAGGUACACGUUGUUUUCUGUAUGAGGUGUAUGUAUAUGUGGAAUCGUAUGUAAGUAUGUCUACAUGAAAUUUAGACAUAUGUCCCUUUUAUAAUUACAUUUUUGUAGAUACACAUAUGUCUAUCUAAAGGUUCGGGUUAGAUCUGUGUUUUGUAUGUCUGUAGCAGACUAUGAAAGUCCGUUAAUGUCAACAACGAGAUAAACCGACAUGGUUACAUGAAACCUUGUAAAGGUCUUCUUUAACGAGUUCGCACCAGCUUGUUACGAAUUUAUAACCGUUUGCGUCAUUAAUUUAACAACCGUUCGUAUUUAACACGUGGAAGUAAAGGGUUAAAUGCGAACGUGUUAGUUUAAUGGCUUUUUACAUUAUCGGUCUUUCAUUGAAGACCUGUGUGGUUCUGUUGGAGGUGGAUAUGUCUGUUAUGUGUGUUAGUAGACAGGUGUCACUGGUAUGAGAUGUAUGUGUACCAUAUGUAUAAUGGCAUGUGUGUGUGUGGAAGAGGUGUUUAUGUGUAUGGUUACAUACGUGUAACUCGACAUGUCUGUAGCCUCUUUAUAGGGAGUCGUGUAUAUCCCUCUUAAGUGGUAAAUUGAUCGAUCUCUGAAUAGUAAAGUAUAUGACUUUGUCAUAUGUAUAUAUGUAAGACAGAUAUAUCCCAUCCGAAGGUACAGAGUUUACAGAAAAAUUGACUUGUCGAGUUUUUUUGGGGUUUUUUUCCAUCGUGAUUUAACUUAAAUGACUUUCUAUCUUGGAAAGACGUUUUUCUUACAAACUUCACAAGUGCAUUCCCACAAUUGCAAGGAAAAAGACAAACCUGUCUGUAACUACAUGGGAAAGACAUUUGACUUCUGCUAUUAUUCUGAAUACUGCGCCAUCACUUAAUGCAGCGUUACCAGGGUCACGUCAUCAAUUUUGUCACACAUCUAAUGGCGCUAUGUAUUUGGUUCAGUGUUAAAACUUAUAUUUAUGACAUUCCGGGAAAAAAAAUCAGUCACUCCUGUGUGAUGCGUACAGAAAUAUUGUAUAACCCUCAGGAAAAGAUUUCUGAAGUUAAGCUAUCGGCAAACCCUCGUGCUUAAAACUUCAAACAUCUUACCCUCAAGUUUUCAAAGAAAGUAAAGACAGGUUUAUCUUUUCCUUAGCAAGAAUGCGAAUGCACAUGAGAAGUGUGACAGAAAACGACUGUCUCACACUCAUGGUUUCGAUUUAAGGGUCGUAUUGUACAUGUUUAUAUCCAUGUAAUGCAGUAGUCAUGUGUGUGUGUCUAUAUUGGGGAAGGUAUGAGUUUCUCUAAUUUGACGUAUAGUUUGACGUAGUUAUGUCAUAUGUUUGUAAGUAUGUUGUAGGCAUACAUGUUCUUUUCGUUUUGCGUACAACAUACUGACAUAUCUUUGCAUGGAUGCGAGCGUGUUCCUCUCUUUAAUGGGUAGACCUAUUCAUGUUUACACAAAAACUUACUUUUUUGAUGACAUGCGAGAAAAAUAUAUGUGUAUGAUGGUGUGCUAAAUUUUAUAUUUGUAUACUACAAAUGAAUGGUUGUGUAUUUAUCGACGUCAAUAAACAUAUAUCUAUGUCAAUGUCAAGAUAUAAUAAUUAGUAUGAACCCAAUUGAUUCACGCCAUCUAACAUCGUACAUUAUGUGAUUCUGGGUUCGGCAAAAUUCGUAAAGCAUCCGGUCCACAAGAAAUAACAUAGUCACCAAGCAAGAAGUGAAAACGAGAAUCUAUAUGCGAAAGAAAAAAAAAUGUUGUUUAAAUGGAAAAUUCUUUGAUUUGAUUUCAUCGCAUAUCAUGUUCUAGCUUUAAUUGCCCCUGUGGUGAGUCUGUGUUGACUUAGUGUGUCCGUGUUUCCCAAAGGUAAUACCAGUUUUCUCCCUAUUCUACUCUGUUUACGUAGCGUUACAACUAUAUAGUGAGCCCAGCGUGUCCGCAGUCUACCAUAAGUCCUAUAGUAAGUCCAAUAUGUCCCUUGGUGUGACUGAGAACAUCAUAAAAUGUCCAAGGCACAAUCUAGUGGUCUCAUAGAAAGCCCUUUAGCAAAUUAACCCAUGAUUCCAAUAUAUACCCCAGCCGUCCCAAAGUAGCGAGGUGUAGUGAUCCCAUAGUAUGCCCAUCGACAUAUUUUUCCCAUAGAGAAACAAAAAAAUCCUGACUAACGAGGUAUUCUGAUAUCGUUUGCAUCCCUUUAACAUUCCAUAGAUACCAUGUUCAUUUACUAUUCAAAUGAUCAAUAUGUUCCAUUGCAAGCAAUGGUACCGGGGUUUCUUUAUUCCAAAUUUAUGUUUGUUUAUCUUUUUAUUUAUUUAUUUAUUUUCGGAUGGGGAAGGGGGGCAUAUGAUGCCCUUCAGCAAAAUUUUAUAUAACCAAUGUAUAGUUAACAAAGUAGUCAUCCUCGAUAUCCAUGGUUUACGCUCACGUUUGCUCUCUACACCCCUGGCAUACAGUAUGUCAUGGCA